AUGACGAUGUCUCGACUAGUUGUUUUGGCUCUUUUGGGUGAGUUUUUAUUUUAUUUAUGAGAAAAUGAUAUAAUGAAGUUUGGUUAGCUGAAUGCUAGACUGUUUUAUUAUAGUAAUUUAGUAUGAGAAAAUGAAUUAUUUUUGAAUGAAAAUCAUAAAUUUUCCAGCCAUUGGAUCGGCGUCUGCCCUUUUCUCAAAAAAUGACGCUGUUAUCGAAUUGACCGCCGCAAACUUCCAAUCACAAGUCAUCAACUCUGAUGAUAUUUGGAUUGUUGAGUUUUAUGCUCCAUGGUGUGGACACUGCAAAAACUUGGUUCCGGAAUACAAAAAAGCAGCGGCUGCAUUGAAAGGAAUUGCCAAAGUUGGAGCUGUUGAUAUGACUCAACAUCAAUCUGUCGGACAACCCUACAAUGUUCAAGGAUUCCCAACAUUGAAAAUCUUCGGAGCUGAUAAGAAGAAACCAGUCGAUUUUAACGGUGAGUUGAAUUGAAUUGGUACGCCAAAUGGUACGGCGACUCUCUUGAGUAAAUAACCGUUUUAGUGUGUACUCAAUAACUGUUCAAAUAUACUUGAUUGAUCCGCCAGUUUGUGUUGGCUAGUCGGCUGACCUUGAAAGUAAAUAUGACUACACAAGAAAAAAAAGUGGGUCAAAAUGUGGACAUGUUUAUUUUUCAGGACAACGCACUGCUCAAGCUAUCACUGAUCAAAUUUUGGCCGAAGUUAAGAAAGCUGUUGCUGCUAGACUUGGUGGAAAAUCAAAGACAUCAUCUGGAGGAUCAUCUUCUGGUGGAAAGAGAGGAGGAUCUGGAAGUGGAUCAGGAAGUGGAAACGAAGUUGUUGAACUCACUGAUGCCAACUUUGAUGAGCUCGUUUUGAACAGCAAGGAUAUCUGGCUUGUUGAAUUCUUCGCUCCAUGGUGCGGACACUGCAAGAAUCUUGAACCACACUGGAAGGCCGCCGCUGCUCAACUCAAAGGAAAAGUUCGUCUUGGAGCUGUCGACGCCACAGUCCACACUCAAGCUGCUGGAAAAUUCAAUAUUCGUGGAUUCCCAACCAUCAAAUAUUUCGCCCCAGGAUCCGAUGUUUCUGAUGCUCAAGAUUAUGAUGGUGGAAGACAAACAUCUGAUAUUGUCAGCUGGGCUGAAUCUCGUGCUCAAGAAAACCGUCCAGCUCCAGAAGUUUUGGAAGGAAUCAACCAACAAGUCGUUGAAGAUGCUUGCAAAGAUAAGCAAUUGUGUAUUUUUGCUUUCCUUCCACAUAUUCUUGAUUGUCAAGCCGAAUGCAGAAACAACUACUUGGCAUUGCUCAAGGAACAAUCGGAGAAGUUCAAGAAGAACAUCUGGGGAUGGAUCUGGGUUGAAGGAUCAUCACAACCAGGAUUGGAACAAGCUUUUGAAGUUGGAGGUUUUGGAUAUCCAGCUAUGACUGCUUUCAAUUCAAGAAAGAACAAAUAUGCUGUUUUGAAGGGAUCAUUUGGAAAAGAUGGAAUUCAUGAGUUCCUUCGUGAUUUGUCAUACGGAAAAGGACGCACUUCAUCUCUUAGAGUGAGUUUGAAAUCGUUAAAAAAAAUGACAAUUACUUAAAUAUUAUCAUUUUCAGGGUGAUGCUUUCCCAAAAGUUGAGACUCUCACUAAAUGGGAUGGAAAAGAUGGUGCUCUUCCAGCUGAAGAUGAUAUCGACUUGUCUGAUGUUGACCUUGACAAGACUGAGCUUUAA